CGGGGACGCGGCUUCUCCUCUCCCCAAAUCCCUCCCUGCCUGCCUGCCUCUGGAGGCGAGCUAGGCCUUUGUUGGAGGCGCCUGAGGGGAAAGAAAGCAAGCAAGAGAGAAGGAAAGAGAGAGCGAGAGAGCGGGCGAGCCAGGCCCCGGCUGUCUUGGGAUGGUUGUGCUUGACUUUGUGUCUUAGGACGAGGGUCGUGAGGGGCCUGAGGGCCGGCCAGGCGGAGUAAGCGGAGUGGGCGGAGCCUGGCGCCAGAGCCCUCCCCCUUUGUGUCCCCGCCCCCCGGUGGCCCCGCCCCCUCCGCCCGGCUCGGCGGGGUCGGGGGAGGGGGCCGCAUGGCCUGCCCGCCCGGCCCCUUUGCCCACGCGCCUCGGCUUUGGCUGCCCCGCGAGUGCGGCGCCGCGGCUCCUGCUGCUGCUGCUCCGGCUCCUCCACCGCCUCGGACUCCGCCGCUGCCGCCUCCCGCAUGGAGCCCGACGCCGCCCAGCCCGGCCUGGCCUCCCCGCCGGAUUCCCCUCACGACCCUUGCAAAAUGUUCAUCGGAGGCUUGAGCUGGCAGACCACGCAAGAAGGCCUGCGGGAGUACUUUGGCCAGUUUGGCGAGGUCAAGGAGUGCCUGGUCAUGAGGGACCCGCUGACAAAGCGCUCCAGGGGCUUCGGUUUUGUCACCUUCGUGGACCAAGCCGGCGUGGACAAGGUCCUGGCCCAGUCCCGCCACGAGCUGGACUCCAAGACGAUUGACCCAAAGGUGGCAUUUCCUCGCAGAGCCCAGCCCAAGAUGGUGACGCGGACUAAGAAGAUUUUUGUGGGCGGCCUGUCGGUGAACACUACAGUGGAGGACGUGAAACAGUACUUUGAGCAGUUUGGGAAGGUGGACGAUGCCAUGCUCAUGUUUGACAAGACGACUAACAGACACAGAGGGUUUGGAUUUGUCACCUUUGAGAGUGAGGACAUUGUGGAGAAGGUUUGCGAGAUCCACUUCCAUGAGAUCAACAACAAAAUGGUGGAAUGUAAAAAGGCUCAGCCAAAGGAAGUGAUGUCCCCCACUGGCUCGGCGAGAGGGCGGUCCCGGGUGAUGCCUUACGGGAUGGACGCCUUCAUGCUUGGGAUCGGCAUGUUGGGCUACCCGGGGUUUCAGGCGGCCACCUACGCCAGCCGGAGUUACACGGGCAUUGCUCCUGGCUAUACUUACCAGUUCCCCGAAUUCCGGGUAGAGCGGACCCCUCUCCCGAGUGCCCCAGUCCUCCCCGAGCUCACAGCCAUCCCCCUCACUGCAUAUGGACCAAUGGCAGCGGCGGCGGCAGCAGCAGCUGUGGUGCGGGGGACAGGUCUGCUUCUUCCGGCAGGUUCCACCCCGAGCCGCACCGGGGGUUUCCUGGGCACUACCAGCCCCGGGCCGAUGGCGGAGCUCUACGGGGCAGCCAAUCAGGAUUCAGGAGUCAGCAGUUACAUCAGCGCGGCAAGUCCCGCCCCGAGUACUGGCUUUGGCCACAGCCUAGGGGGACCUUUGAUUGCAACAGCUUUUACUAAUGGGUACCACUGAAGCUGAGGACCAAGAAUAAUGUUGAUCCCCCAGCGAGCGAAGCAACGACGGUGGGCUGGAGGAUCCGGCAACAACUUGAGUGAUGAGCCAGGAUUUCAUUUGAGUCACGAAAACUGCACACUUUGGGGCGGGCAGCCGGGCGGCUCUUGACCAGCCCUGCUGCCUCCCGUUGACCAGAAAGCACUGGAUUCGAACCCUGAGGAGCUCUCGUCUCCUCAUCGUAGUAACCGCAGACCGUUUACACUUCUCCCCUGACCCCCUCCCACCCCUUGAUUUCUUCUUCUUCUUUUAUUUAUUUUGUUAGCGGGUUAGUUUUUAUUUUGUAGUCUUUGGGGGGAGGGGCGAGGGAGGGGCGGGGACGGGUUCCGGUUCUCUUUUCGCUCCGGGUCUCUUUUUCUCGGAGCGCCGCAACGAACCUCCAUACGACUUUGGGGUUGUUUUGUGAUUGUGCGUAGCUAGCCUUUCUUGAGGAAUAAUUUUUAUUGGCUUUUUUUUUGAAAUCUUUUUGUUUGUUUGUUUUUUUAGAAAUAUAUAUAUAUAUAAAUAUAUAUAUUUGGGGGGGGGCAGGGGAAGGGACAGAAAAAAACAGUCUUUUCAAAGGACCGGUUGAGUCAAACAAAGGCAGUUCAGAAGGGAAGCAGGGAAGCAGAGAGGGGGGGGGGCUUGUCAGCGUUUGCCUCUCUCUCUGGCUUUCCUUUUAAAGCAAAUAAUAAGUUUCUUGGGCCUUUGGACAAGGGCGAAACAGACACUCGAGGGCAUUGCUGCAGAACAGAGACAAACUGUAUAUUUUGCGAAAAAGAAAACACUAUUCCUAAUGACUGAUGUGCCCCCCCCUUUUGUUUUCUAGGUUUUAGGUUAUUGUGGGUUUAUUAUUGUUAUUAUGUUCCCCCCUUUCCUCAGUGUCCCCCUAUCCUAUGUAAAUACUGCAAGGUACUCUUGGGCCUUGUUUCCACGAGAGAGCAAUUCUGGAUUUGUUAAAUCUCCUCCCUCCCUCCCUCCCUCCCUUCCUUCCUUCCUUCCUUCCUUCCUUCCUUCCUUCCUUCCUUCCUUCCUUCCUUCCUUCCUUCCUUCCUUCUGGCUUUGAUGCCAUAAACACGAGCAAUACUCUGGUUGGACCAUGACGAACCUCCUUUCUUUUUAAAAAUAUAUAUCUUUUACUGUAAGAUUUUGAAGACCUCUGGCGAGAUGUGCAGCGGGGAGGGGAGAGGGGCCUUUUGUGGGGAGGGAGGGCUGGGUGGGAGGGUGGCUGGCUUUUUGGGGAGGGCAAGGGGGCCGGAUGAAUGCUACUGACUUGGAUGGGGGGCGAUUUUGCCGAGCGGCGUCUGGUACACCAAGGGCUUGGUCUCCAUUCAGGCUUGGAAUGGCUACAACUCUCCUAAUAUUUCUCAUUUCCUGCUCAAUGGGUCUGGGGCUAAGGUGUUGCUAUUGGUGGACAAAAUGAGAGCAUGGCAACCUCAUGAGAAUCCUGCCCUCUGUGCAAAGUUCUCCUUCAGUCCCCAAGUGUCUUGUCUUGCAAGGGAGGGAGUCAUUGGAAAACGCAGAAGUCUCCCUUCUGCUGUGUUUAUCCUUUUUCAUGGAACGGUGGGACUGUGCCUGAAAACACAGUGACACAUCAACUGUCAUACAGGAGACACGGAGGAAGGGAAACCCUUAGCCUAUACUAAGCUAACUAAACUGUUCCUCAUUGAGGACUUGAGACUUGGGCUGUGUGGGGUUGAAUCCUAACCCUUCCUUCCUUCCUCUUUUCCAUUCCUCCUCCCUUUCACCCUUCUCCUCCUCCUUCCCUCAGCCCUCUCAAUGUCACUGUUUGCCUCAGGGCACCCCACAACUGGGAUAGCGCUGCAGACAUCCUUUCCUUGGGCCCUGAUUCAAACCUGCUUCUGUUGAGUUGCAGCCAUAUUGCAAAGCCCGUUUUGGGAGCUCCCAUUGGGUUGCUCAUGGCCACAAGCAAGCCUAAGUCCAGCCUUGUAACUGCUGCACAGGAUCCCAACUUCUAUUUCCAAAGGCUUGGCUGAAGUUUUUGGCCACCGCAAUUUGAGAGAUUUCGGGACUGGAGGAAACCUUUUCUCUGUCAGAGGGAGGCCGUGUCCUCAUUUUGCCCCCACCCCAUAGCUGCACCCCUGAUCUGGACCAAGUAUGGCGAGGAAGGGGGAUCCUGGAUCUUCUCAGGGAUGUCGGGAGUGGCGGAGCGGGUGCCACUUCCUGCCACUUCUCCUCUGCCAGGGUGGCAACGCGAGGGUUAGGGUUUGAGCUGUUGGCAAACUGGGUGUCCCCUGUGCUUGUGUCUGGGGUGGGGGUGCUAUUGGCUGGCUGUGGCCACCAAAGCCAUGUGGGGAGAGGUAGAAUCGCUUGGUACUUUUGCGGGAAGAAUACCCACUUCUCACCCUUCCUCCAGGCAUUCUCGGCACCAUCCUACAGACCCAUUAGUAAUCUUUUUAAUCCUGCGGUUAUCUCUUGCCAAGCAGGCUUUGCCAGAAAACCCUCAAAACCUAUUUGACCAGCAAUUGCAAGGAGAUAAAAGCCAGGAGGAUUGGUUGAUUCUCUUUGGCUGAAUUGAGUUAUGAUGCUUUCCUCAAACGGUAGCAAACUGUUUUCCGGGAGUGGAGGGACACUAGCCAUUGUGCUUCUUGUCUCAAGAGCUCUUCCCAUUCAUACAGUUGGCCUGCCGUAUCCACGGAUUUUGCCUCCAUGGAUCCCACCAUCCAUAGCUUGCAAAUAUUUAUCAAAAUCCCCAAAAGCCAACCUUGAUUUUGCCAUUUUACAUAAGGGGUGCCUCUUUACUACCCACUUGAGCAUCCAGAUUGGUAUUGACGGGGUCCCUGGAUUGAUAUGGGCCCCCACUAUAUCUGUGAUGCAUACGACUGGCUUCCCUUGUAUCUUAGCUUUGAAACAGGUCUUUGUCGAAUGCAGGCUUCUAGAUAUCCCCUGACUGCUCCUAAUGUAGUUUCUUCCUGUUCUUGCAGAUGAAAGGCUUCCAUGCCUCCCUGUUUGGGUCUUGCAAACUCAGGGCCGUUGUAACUUCCUUGACUGAGUCUCUCCAUCUCUGUCUUCCUUUGUUUCUUAUGGCUUCCUUACAGCUCCUUGUCUUUCCUAGUGAGUCCUGUCUUCUCAUGAUCUGGCCAAAGUAUGACAGCCUCGGCAUCUUGGCUUCCAGGGAGAAUUUGGGCUUAAUUUGGACCUGGUUUGGUCUCCAGAAGGGAAAAGCAAACAUUUCCAAGUAUAGCUAGGAAAAUCCUGGUUAGAGAGAGAGGGCUGUGAUAGUCCUCAUUUGACUCCCAAUAUCUGAUCCCAUGUCAAGUAGAAAGGAAGAGGGGAUAAGGGGUGUUGGGAGGGACCAAGUCAACUCCUUCACUGCUCUGACCUUGUCCUACUUUUGGGGCAACAUCUCAAGUGUUGGGAUUCUCUUGGUUCCUCUCAACAACAACUCCAUCAUUUGAACAAUGAGUCAACAUGGAGGUCAAUCCAGUUGCGCCCAUGGGUGUGCACUGGUUGAGACAAGCGGUGGGCCUAACACCAAGGUGGGUUUGGGCUGCGGAUCUCUGAAAGAGGGCAUCUCUCCAUUGGUAGAUGUUCGAAGCUUGGAAGAUAGGGACACCUCUCAGGCGAAGGCAUCUUACAUUCCUUUAUUUGACUAGAUUCAGCCAACAGCAUCAGAUCUUCCCUCGACAGCAGUGUCUCUCCAUCCAUGCCCCCUUUGACUCUCUCUCUUUCUUUCUCUCGCACGCUUUCCUUCUACCUUCCUUCCUCCUCUUCUCUGAUCUUGUCCCCAGAUCGCCCCCAAAAGCAGCUUGAUAAAUAUUGGGAGAGUUCGGCAGAGAGGAGCCGAGCAAAUCAGUACCGGAAACUCACACAAAAAAGCAAUAAUUUUUUUGUUACUGAGCUGAAUCUUGUCUGUCAUUUUUUUAAUUUUUGAAGAAAAGGAGUGAAAGAGCAGCUGCAGCUUAAUGGGGUUUAUUUUUAUUCCGGAGUUCCUUUUCCUUUGGCCUAAGGAGGGUGGGCUUGGGGUGUGCCAAGGCGAAGGAGGGCACCGCCGUGCCACCUCCUUGGCACACGCAUACAGGCGAAGCUGCUUUCUUUGCCCGCCUCUUGGGCAUCGUCCCCUCGGGGAGCGACUUCUUGCGUUGGGGAGGGAGGGGGGGUCCUUUUUUUCUAAAAAAUAAAAACAAAGAAAAAAAUAAUAAAAAGUAAUAAUAAAGCUGUGGUUUUUAUGAAGCCAGUUUUAUUACACGCUGACAUUUGUUCUCUCCAGACCUGUAACCCCUUUUUCCAGAUUUUCGGUUUUAAAUUCCUAAUAAAUUAUUUGAAAAAUGGC